GGAAAAGAGCAGAAUUGAGGAUACUAUCAAGUACGAGAACCAUAACAUGAAUAAAAAAUAGCAGCAGUGUUUACCCAUUUUGCACUAGUCAUUUAGAAAAAUCACGUUUGGUUUAAUUUCUAAUUUCACACAUUUCACCAAUAACCUCACUUUUAAAAUGUCAGACGCCUAGUCGGGCGUUUGGUCUACUCGACUACCAAUUGAACUACACUAAUAAUAAACAAAGGUUUUAAUGAUAGAACGCAAAGUGUGCGGUUAUUUAUUAAAAGCAAUAAUUUUUAAAUUACUUAAAUUUGUUAAAAUAAUUUAGUCGAAUCCUCUGUCGGCCGUUUGCACCACUCUACUUGUCAAAGUGACGUUUAUCCAAACAAAUAACCUCCCAAAUUAAAAAUCUUUAGUUUUCUAAAAAAUGGAACCCGAGGAGCACCUGUUGGCUUUGAAGGUGAUGCGUCUUACACGCCCCACUUUGGCCACUCCUCUGCCAGUGACUUGUGAUAGCAAGGAUUUGCCUGGCAAUUUAUUAAAUGUAGCUCUUCAACAAGACGCUGCGUCAGUUAAAGGCACUGAAACUUUGUCUAUAGGUCAAUUUUUACUUCUACCUCAAAGUCCGGUGAAUAUCUAUUUGGGGGAGACUUUUUCUAGCUACAUUUGUGUUUACAAUGAAACUCAACAUAUUGUUAGUAAUGUUAGUGUUAAAGUUGACUUGCAGACUACUUCUCAGAGAUUGCCUUUAUCCUCAAAUCCCCCAACUCCUCAGCUGACUCCUGAUGAUACUGUCAAUAUUGUUAUCCAUCAUGAAGUCAAAGAAAUUGGAAAUCACAUUUUGGUGUGUGAAGUGUCUUAUCAAAAUGCUGUAGGAAUUCUGAAAUCAUUCAGGAAAUUUUUCAAAAUCCAAGUACUUAAGCCCCUUGACGUCAAAACGAAAUUCUACAAUGCUGAAAACGAUGAUGUUUAUUUGGAAGCUCAAGUGCAGAAUAUCACGACGGGCCCGAUCUGUUUGGAAAAAGUCGCACUAGACGCUUCUCAUUUAUUUAAAGUUACAUCGUUGAAUGUGUCACCAACUGGUGAAAGCAUCUUUGGCAAAACAACCCUCUUAAAUCCUCUAGCCGUUUGCCAAUUUUUGUACUGCUUAUCACCCAAUGAAAAAUUAUCAUCAGAUUUGAAAAGUUUAAGUGGGGCCACAAACAUUGGCAAGUUGGAUAUAGUGUGGCGGUCGAAUUUAGGCGAGAGGGGCAGAUUGCAAACAAGUCAACUCCAAAGAAUGGGACCUGAUUACGGUGAUAUAAGAUUAUCAAUAACUGAAUUACCCAAUUUCGUAGUCUUGGAAGAAUUAUUUGCCUUUAAAUGCAGACUAGUUAAUAAUUGUGAAAGAAGUGUUGAAUUAAUUAUGUAUUUGGAUAACUCAGAUGGCUUGGCUUGGUGUGGCAUUUCUGGUCGAAAAUUAGAAACCUUGCCACCACACUCAAGCCGAGUUUUAGAAUUUAAAGCAAUUCCCCUUAUUCCAGGCCUGCAUACCCUUUCAGGGAUCAAAUUAAUUGACACUUUUCUUAAAAGGACUUACAACUACGAUGAUUUAGGACAAGUCUUUGUGAUAGUUAAUGAUAAUGUUGUUGGGAAAAGUAUUUAAAUAAGAUGUAUAAUAAGUUUAUUCAAAAUAAAUUGUUUUUUUUAACAAA